AUGGUUGAUGUGACUUCACCGGAGUACUUGGCCCAGUCCAAGGUGGCAUCAAUUAUCGUGUGCAAUGCCAUCCUAAUUUCCUGCAGUGGUGUAGCAAUGGCCGUGAGACUUUUUGUGCGCUCGCGGUUUCUGUCUGGCAUCGGCUGGGAUGAUUCUUUCUGUUUGAUUGGAUAUAUCUUCACAUUCGUCGAGUGCUUAGUCUGCAUUUUGAUGACCAAUUAUGGUUACGGGCAUCAUAUCCAGACCAUCUUGCAAAAUGAACAUAAGAUGAGCAUGUUUCUCAAGCUCGACUUCGUGACCGAAAUUACCUAUCUUAUUGCUUUAUGGGCCGUCAAGGUCUCUUUCGGCUUGUUCUACCUUAAAAUCUUCCCCGGCCGAACGAUCAGAGUUCUGUGUUGGAUCCUGAUUAUACUCGUUACUGCCGAAUGGAUUGAAGAGACGUUUGUCGUUAUAUUCCAGUGUUCACCAGUACAAAAGGCGUGGGACGCAAGUGGAAAAGUGUCUGGAAAAUGUCUUCAACUUCUCAGCUUCUAUUACAUUUCCUUCGCUGUGCGACUCGCGACCGAUUUAGCGAUUUUCAUCCUGCCACUUCCCGAAUUACUCCGAUUGAAGAUGCCACUAGGAAAGCGUCUCGGUUUGAUUUUGAUGUUCGGCUUGGGUCUUUUGAUUGUGGUGACAAGUAUCAUUCGAGCAACAUAUUUGAACAACUUCUCAACCGACCAUACAUGGGAACUGGUUAAUCCUCUCAACUGGUCAUCCGUGGAAAUCGGUGUCGGAGUCUUCAUUGCCUGUGUUCCUUCUUUUAAGGCACUGAUUACCUUCUGCUUCCCCUCUCUCAAACAUGUUCUGGGACUCUCCAGCGAUCGCAGCUAUGGUCCUCAGUACGAGCUCUACGGAGCAUCAGGUCGACGUACCGACGAUCCCCGGUCAUGGCAUGGAAAAUCCCAAAACAACACGAAACUAAACACUAUAACCCGCACCAAUGUCGAAGCCAGCAGGAACACAUCCGAAGAACGUAUAAUUUCCCAUACCCAAGAGGGUAUUCAUGUCACGACAGACGUGAGUGUAGACAGGGUAUCUAAACCAGUGGACACCCACCUCCAUUCAUGGCAUGAGGACGAUUAA